GAUAAAAUCAAGUGUUAAACUAUACGCGAAUUUAAGAGUUAACUAAAGGUUCUACGAAGAAGUGUGCGAGUGCGAGUAUUUAAAAGUUUGGUCAACUUUAAUAACAAAGAACAUAAGAUGACAAGUAAAAGCUAUGGUCUUCUACUUCCAAAGAAAGGAUUUACAAAGACUGACCUUGGUAAAGUUGCGUCUAUCUUUGCUGAUAACUCAAGCAGUGAAGAUGACGAGGAGAGCAAAGCAAAAAAAGCAGUUAAUAAAGACAUUGAUGACUCCAGCGCAAAACAAAUGACAAUGAAGCAGACUCAAUUAGAAAUGCGCAAAGCUAUUGAAGAAGAUCCAUCAGUUUAUGAGUAUGAUGAAAUUUAUGAUCAAUUGGAAAAUAAAAAAAAAUUGGAAUCUGCAAAAGUUGAAGCUGUUGAGAAAAAGUCGAAAUACAUAAAUAAAUUAAUGAAAAGUGCUGAACAGAGAAAAGUUGAAGACGAAAGAAGAAAAGAACGAAAGGUUCAAAAAGAACAGGAGGAUAAAGAUGGAGAGUUCGAAGAUAAAGAAGAAUUUGUUACAUCUGCUUACCGUCAAAAAAUGGAAGAGCGAGCCAUAGAGGAUGAAAGAAUUCGAAAACAAGAUGAAAAGGAUGCUGCUGCCGAAGUUACUAAGCAAAAAGACCUCAGCAUGUUUUAUAGAAACUUGUUGACAAAGAACACAGCUAUGGGUGGUAGUGGAGAGAAAGUAAUAGAAGAAAAAAAUGAAACGAAACCAACCGAUAUAAAAGAAAAACAACGUAAAAUAACGAAGAAUGACAGUAGUGACGAAGAGCAUCUUGAAAAGUUGAAAAAAAAGAACUAUCGUUCAAAAAAAAACAGUGAUAGCAGCGACAGUGAUACCGACGUCAAAGCAGUAAAAAAAUUACCUGAAAAAAUAUUAUCAAAAGAUCUAGACAAAAAGCGCAAAAAGUUGAAUGGCAAAGAAAACUUAAGGAAAAGAAAAAAGAGCGAGUCUACUUCAGAAGACGAAAGAUAUGACGAAAAGAGAAAUAGUUCUAAGAAGCACUGUUCUUCGGACGAAGAGAAUCAAAAGGUUAAAGACAAAAAAAAAGUUAAAAAAAAAAAAUAUGAAAGCGAUUUAUCGACCGACGAAAGUGAUGCCAAAUCAAAAUUGUCUAAAAAAGGAAUCAAAAAACGAAAGUCUCGUGAUCACUCCUCUAGCAAAGAUAGAGCAGUUAAAUCAAAAAAAAUACGCAAAAGUCGUGACAGUAGCUUUAGUAGUGAUUCGAGCAGCGAUGAAUCUACGUACAAAAAAACGAAAAAAAGGUACUCUAGCGAAAGAUCGUCGGACGAAACAAAAAAUAAAAAUUCAAAAACGAAAAUAGACAAAGUUAAAAAAAAAGACUCCGGAAAGCACAAACGCAGAGAAUCUGAAAUUAGCAAGUCUGAUCAUAAAGAACAUGAUAAAAGUAAAAACGACCGCAAGAAAGCACUCAAAUGCAGCGAUUCAGACGUCGAAAAAGAAGAAAAAAAGAUUGAUCCGCCUAAAAAAGAUUUAAAAAAAAACAUUUUCGAAAAACGUAACAAUGCGGAAACAAUUCAUGCAGCUAGAACAAGAUAUUUAGCACGAAUGCAAAAGUUAAUUGCUGAAAAACAUGCCGCUAGGCGUGACUUAGAAUGAAUUUUAAUUUUUAGACAAUUUAUUAACAAUCUAGCAUAAUUACGUUACGAUCGGAAUCCAAUCGAAUAUUUUACGGAUUGAUAUAAAUUUUUUAAACUUGCAUUUUUUGUCAAGACCUCAAAGUUCUUACUAGAAAACCUAUAGUAUGCAACUAAGUUAUUUCUCUUCUGGAUUAAACCUAAAUGUCGUUCAAUAGAAAAGAUUUUUAUAUUAAUGUUA